AUGGCGUCAGAGAGCUCCGAAGCCAACGCCGCGGGCACGCCUUCUCCCUUCGCCGAGGCGGCCCGCGAAGCUCUCCAGAGCCAGGGCGGCUUGGAACAGCUCGUCAAAACAGUUCAGGCCAUCUGCACCAAGGAGCAAAAACUCCAGCGCUCCCACUCCUUCCAGCUCGUCAAGCUCCAGAGCCAGAUCCACGAGCUCCAGCAGUACCACGCCGAGGACGUCGACCGCAGCACCGCCCUGCGCGACGACGUCAAAUGCCUGCACUCGGCCGUUGCCUACCUCAAGGGCCGCGUCGCAAACCUGACCAUCGAGCUGACGUGCCUCGAGGCAAAAGUCGACCAGAGGCGCCCUCCGCCCUCCGCCGCCUGCCAGCAGGCCCUGGCCGUCGAACGCUAUGCCGCCAAGCAGCAGCAGCUACAGCAGGCCCAGCCCCCCUCGUCUUCCGUCUCUGCCAGUAGCACCUUGAUAGACCGUUUGCGCGACGCCGGUGGCAGCAUGGACGCGCUGGCCGACGAGCUGCUUCGCGAGCAGAAGCAGAAGCUGCUGGAGAAACUCGUCACGUUCCCACUCAGCGACGCCUUUUACCUCGACAUUGUCCUCGGCAAAUAUGCCGACGAGGGUUAA